AUGUUCACAUUCACUCCCCUACUUGGGGCACAGUCGUCAUACUCGAGAGCGUCACAGUCUAUCCUAGAAUUGGAUGGUGGUAUCAAGAUCCUGGUGGACGUCGGUUGGGACGAGACUUUUGAUACUCGUGACCUAACUGAGCUCGAGAAACAUAUCCCAACUCUCUCGUUGAUUCUCCUGACUCAUGCGACUCCAGCGCAUAUCGGUGCUUUCGUCCACUGCUGUCGAACUUUCCCUCUAUUCACUCAGAUUCCGAUCUACGCGACGAGCCCCGUCAUUGCCUUCGGCCGCACAUGCUUGCAAGACCUCUAUGUCUCGUCACCACUUGCGGCAACAUUCCUUCCAAAAGCCUCGAUCUCAGAACCCGGCGCGUCGUCGGCAGCAUCCGUAGUAGGCUCGGUGGGAGAUGGUGAAGAUAGCACCGAAGCUGCUGGCAGCUCAGGUCGGAUUCUUCUUCAAGCACCGACAACCGAGGAGAUUGCCCGAUACUUUUCCCUCAUUCAACCUCUCAAAUACUCUCAGCCUCACCAACCGCUCCCGUCUCCAUUUUCGCCGCCCUUGGACGGACUCACCCUUACUGCCUACAACGCUGGACACACCGUCGGAGGAACGAUAUGGCACAUUCAGCAUGGGAUGGAAUCCAUCGUUUAUGCGAUGGACUGGAACCAGGCUCGAGAGAGCGUCGUGGCAGGUGCUGCAUGGUUCGGUGGCUCAGGAGCGAGUGGAACUGAGGUUAUUGAGCAGUUGCGAAAGCCAACGGCCCUGAUCUGCAGUACCAAGGGAGGUGAUAAGUUAGCGGUUUCCGGUGGCCGCAAGAGGAGAGAUGAUCUUUUGCUGGACAUGAUUCGAAGCAGUCUGGCCAAAGGCGGUACAGUUCUCAUCCCGACGGAUACGAGUUCGCGUGUACUGGAACUGGCAUAUGCCCUCGAGCACGCUUGGCGUGAUGCGUCGACUGGCGACAAGGGCGAUGUACUCCAAAGUGCAGGUUUAUACCUAGCUGGCAGGAAAGUCAACACUACGAUGCGACUUGCCCGAAGUAUGCUCGAGUGGAUGGACGAGAAUAUCGUUCGAGAGUUUGAGGCGGCCGAGGGUGCCGAUGGCCAAAAAGCUGGCGGCCAGGGACAAGACAAGGGAAGUGGGAAAGGCGUCGGUCCCUUUACUUUCAAGCACCUGAAGACUGUCGAGCGCAAGAAGCGUCUCGAAAAGCUGCUGGCCGAGCAAGGACCCAAAGUCAUCCUUGCCUCGGACACCUCUUUGGCAUGGGGGUUCUCAAAGGAGUCCCUGCGACAAGUCGCCGAAGGGCCUAAUAACUUGCUGUUGCUGACCGAAUCCUUCCGAAAAACGGUGUCCGAAGCAACCGAGGAAAAUUCCAGCACCGCAUCUCUUGGAAGUAUGAUAUGGCAAUGGUAUGAGGAACGAAGGGACGGAGUCGCUUUGGAGAAAGGACCCGAUGGUGAACUACUCGAACAAGUCCAUAGCGGCGGACGAGAGUUGACUUGGACCGACGUACAGCGGGCCCCCCUGGAUGCGAGGGACCAACUACUCUACCAGCAAUAUCUGGCUACAAAAAGACAACUCCAAGAUACUUCCCAGGCACGAGGACAGGAGAAUCUUGAGACCGCGGCAGAUGCACUGGACGAUCGUUCUAGCUCGACCUCUUCGGAAGACUCCGAUUCCGAACAGCAGGGCCGAGUUCUCAACUUUUCAACAACCCUCGCGCACUCAAAUCGGAGUAAACUGGCUCUUACUGACGAAGACCUGGGCAUCAACGUCCUUCUUCGGCGCAAGAAUGUCUACGACUACGACGUGCGAGGCAAGAAGGGGCGCGAACGCAUGUUCCCGUACGUGGCGCCGCGGAAGAGAGGAGAUGAAUAUGGAGAGUUCAUUCGACCGGAGGAAUACCUUCGCGCAGAGGAGCGUGAAGAAAUCGACAUGCAACAACGGCGAUCUGACGCACAGACGAAGCUCGGCCAGAAGAGACGUUGGGACGAGGCGGCUGGGGCCGGUGGACGCAGGUUAUCCGACAGCGCUGGGGGUCGCAAGCGCCAGCAUUUGUCGACCAACGGCCAGAAAAUUGACUCAGGCAUUGCCGAUGACCUCAGCCUCCCCUCGGACGGCGAAGGUGCCGAUGCAGCUGCAUCCUCGGAAGACGAGGCAGACAUGCAAUCAUUCGAGGGUCCCGCCAAGGCUGUAUACAACAAAGAGACUAUCACGAUCAACGCCCGCAUUGCCUUUGUGGACUUUAUGGGCUUGCACGACAAGCGCAGUUUGGAGAUGUUGAUCCCGCUUAUCCAGCCACAAAAGUUGAUCCUUGUUGGCGGAAUGAAGGAUGAAACCUCAGCAUUGGCAGACGAAUGCAAGAAGCUGCUCACUGUCAAGGUCGGCGGUGAUGUCUCGACUACAAGUGCAGAUGCCGCAGCUAUCAUCUUCACUCCUGCAAAUGGAGAGGUCAUUGACGCAAGUGUCGAUACCAAUGCCUGGACGGUCAAGUUGAGCAACAGUCUCGUCAGACGUCUCAACUGGCAGCAUGUCCGCAGCCUGGGUGUUGUGGCGCUGACUGCGCAACUUCGGGCACCCGAGCUUCCCGCAGAGGAAGAAGAUGCCGACGCUGAUGCAGCUGGCAAGAAGAUGAAGCUAGCCAAAGAUGAAGCAGCUUCGUCUGCAGUGGCCCCGACUAUCAACGGCGGUACCAAGACAGCUGAGAAGCACGAAUCCUUCCCUCUUCUGGAUAUGUUACCAGCCAGCAUGGCUGCCGGUACGCGGUCUAUGGCCCGUCCACUUCACGUCGGCGAUCUUCGUCUUGCCGAUCUUCGCAAACUCAUGCAAGCCGCUGGACACACGGCAGAAUUCCGUGGCGAAGGUACUCUUCUCAUCGACAAAUCCGUCGCCGUGCGAAAGUCGGGCACUGGCAGAAUUGAGAUCGAAGCCGCGGCGCAAGCGUCAGCCAACCAGGCGGCACUUGGCCGUAACGCUGGGAGCUUCCUUGCGGUGAAGAGGAAGAUUUACGAGGGCUUGGCCGUUGUGGCGGGAAAUUAG